CUAGUCGUAAUCACGCCGCCAGCAGGCACGCACAUGCCGCUUGCGGAAACCAGACGCCCACUCCUCGCCCGCGGUGCGGUUGAUCCGCCAACACCGGGCGCCCGCCCCUUCCGCUCCCGGCCUCCGGUUCCCGAACCCCCAGUACUCCUCCCUCCUCUCCGCUCGCCACACCCACCGCUCCUCCCCUCCACGCCUCCCACGCUCCCUCCCUCAAGCCUCGCCUUCGCAUCCCCGCAAGGAAUAUACCUUCCGUGGCGUCCCCUGCUUCCUCCCCAUCCUGUAUUAGUGCGUCCCUGCCGCUCAGGCUCAGUUUGCCGGUCUCCCUGCGCUCUCUCGCCGUCGGUUUGGAUCUUGGUCGCCUCGGCGGGUUCGCAGGAUAUAGUCAACGAGCAUAGAGUUCAUGUUGCCUGAUUACCUUAGUUGGUGCUAUGCGAUUUAAGGUGCUGUCCAAACCAUUCUGGAUAAAUUAGGUUGCAGGAGGACUUUAAAAACUAGCUGCCCAUUGAAAUUCAAAAUUUUCUCUUGCGUUCUAGUGAACUCACUUCGGGAGCUUGUUUGCGCUAUGUCUUACACGAACUGUUUGAAGAAACAUCCCUAUAGAAUUGUCUUUCCAUAUGCCAACUCCAUCCUCAGAGCUUCUUUAGAGAAAGGCUCCCCACAAAAGUCACUAAAGGACUAUAGAACUUUGCUCCAUUUCACUGCUUUCUGCCCUGAUUACAGAACUUAUGCUCUUCUUCUCAGAGCUUGUGCAAGAUACUCAGACCUCUAUGCUGCCAUGGAAAUCCAUUGCCAUCUUACUAAAGUUGGGUUGCUGUCUAAUCAACAUGUAACACCUCAUCUGCUCAAGUUAUAUAUUGCUCAUGAUCGCAUGUUGGAAGCACGCGAACUAUUUUGGUCAGUGCUGGAGUGGAGUACUGAUCCCUUCCAUGGCAACUUGAUGCUUAUGGGAUUCCUGAAGAGUGGACAGCUAGAUAAGGCAUAUCAGAUUUUCAAGAGGAUGCCUGUCAAGGAUUUAGUCUCAUGGAAUUCAAUGAUUGCAGGUGCAGUAAGAAGCUCACACAUGAAAGACGCAAUGAAUCUUUUUAGCAGGCUGGUCAGUUCAGGUCUUGUGCCUGAUGGCUUCUCAUUCUCCUCAGUUCUGUCAGCAUGUGCUCGUGCUGGUGCUCGGCGAUAUGGGGUGUGGGUGCAUCAACUGAUGAUAGAAUUGGGGGUGGAAAUGAAUCAUAUCAUUAGCUCAGCACUUGUUGACAUGUAUGCCAAAUGUGGAAGAAUUGAAGUGGCAACUGAGAUAUUCAAUACAGUCAAGAGAAACCAUAUUUCUGUGUGGAAUACAAUGAUUAGUGGCCUGGCAGCACAUGGUCUUGGGUCCGACGUAGUGAUUUUGUUCCGCAAGAUGAAAAGUGAAGAAGUGGUUCCUGACGGGGUUACAUUUGUUGCACUCUUGACAGCAUGCAGCCACUGUGGCAUGGUUGAAGAGGCUCGCCAAUACUUCAAAUCAAUGACUACAGAGUAUUCUAUCACACCAGAGGUUGAACACUAUGGUGCAUUAGUGGAUGCAUUGUCACGAGCUGGAUUACUGGAUGAAGCAUACAACUUGGUAAGGGCAAUGAAUGUAAAGCCUGAUGCUGUGAUAUGGAGGGCUUUACUUAGCGCAUGUCGCAGGUAUCGCCAAACCAAACUAGUUGAGGUCACUGUUGAGCAUAUGGCAUUCUAUAGCAGUGGGGAUUAUACCCUUCUUUCAACCAUCUACUCGUCAGCAAAUAGAUGGAAUGAUUCAGAGGAACUAUGGAAACAGAGGAAACAAAAGAAAAUUAGGAAGAGCAAAGGAUUGAGUUGGGUUGAGUUAGGGGGAAGCACACAUGAAUUCAAAGCCGGUGAUCGAUCUCAUCCUGAUAGUGAGGAUAUAUACCAAGUGCUGCAUGGUUUAUCUAAAAGGGCCAAAGUUGAAGGUUAUGCUCCAUUGACUGAACUAGUAACAAAAGAUGUCUCAGAGGAGGAAAGAGAAGAAAACCUUACCUUCCACAGCGAGAAGUUGGCAGUGGCUUAUAGUGUCCUUAAGACUGGUCCAGGGACAGAGAUAAUGGUGUCAAAGAAUCUGCAGACUUGCAGUGACUGUCAUGAAUGGAUGAAGAUAAUCUCAAAGGUACUUUGCCGUGUUAUAAUUAUGAGAGAUAGAAUUCGAUUUCACCGGUUUGAAAGCGGAUGCUGCUCCUGCAAGGAUUAUUGGUGACCUUUUUUCGGAGCAAUAGAGAUGUGAUCUAGUUAAUACUAAAUGAGCCUACAAUGAUCCAAUCACUUUCAUCACAUCAAAGCUUUGGUGCUAUUGCUGCAUAGCAAUGAUAAAAUCAAGAUUUGGUUACCAGUUUAGCUGUUCGGCACAUCUUCAAAGGGCUUGACGACAGACACAUGCAUAUUGUACACUCCUACAAUGCAUUGAAAUGAAGCAAUGCAAGUGAUUAGUUAGAUCAAGAUCAAAAUCUUCUCUGCUUG